AUGCCCCGGGUUUCCGGUGACCUCUGGCCCUUUUCUGUCGUCCGCUCUCGCUGGUUAACGUGCUCGCUCGUAUUCCGCCAGCUCGCCGGCCUGCUCUCCCUGCCGUCUGCCUUCACACGCUGCCCGGGGACUCUGGCGCCGGCGAUCUCCUGGGAGAAUUCUCUUGAUAGAGCCCAAGCCGCCAAGAACAGAGGCAAUAAAUACUUUAAAGUGGGAAAAUACGAACAAGCUAUCCAGUGCUAUACUGAGGCUAUCAGUUUGUGCCCUACAGAGAACAGCGUUGACCUUGCCACAUUUUAUCAGAACAGAGCUGCUGCCUUUGAACAGCUGCAAAAAUGGAAAGAGGUGGCAGAAGAUUGUACAAAAGCUGUUGGACUUAAUCCCAAAUAUGUGAAAGCUCUCUUCAGACGUGCAAAAGCCCAUGAGAAACUAGACAAUAAGAAGGAAUGUUUAGAAGAUGUGACUGCAGUCUGUAUAUUAGAAGGGUUCCAAAACCAACAAAGCAUGCUGCUGGCUGACAAAGUUCUGAAACUUCUUGGUAAAGAGAAAGCCAAAGAGAAAUACAAGAACCGCGAACCUCUGAUGCCAUCUCCACAGUUCAUCAAAUCGUACUUCAGUUCUUUCACGGACGAUAUCAUUUCUCAACCGAUGCUUAAAGGGGAGAAGUCGGAUGAAGAUAAAGACAAAGAAGGGGAGGCUUUAGAAGUGAAAGAGAACUCUGGAUAUUUAAAGGCCAAACAGUAUAUGGAAGAAGAAAAUUAUGAUAAAAUCAUAAGUGAAUGCUCAAAAGAAAUAGAUACUCAAGGAAAAUACAUGGCAGAAGCAUUGCUACUCCGAGCCACCUUCUACCUGCUGAUUGGCAACGCCAAUGCCGCCAAGCCAGAUUUAGAUGAAGUCAUCAGUUUGAAGGAAGCGAAUGUAAAGCUCCGGGCAAACGCGCUCAUCAAGAGAGGCAGCAUGUACAUGCAGCAGCAGGAGCCCCUGCUCUCUACUCAGGAUUUCAACCUGGCCGCCGACAUCGACCCUCAGAAUGCCGACGUUUACCAUCACCGAGGGCAGCUGAAAAUACUUCUUGAUCAAGUUGAAGAAGCUGUUGCAGAUUUUGAUGAAUGCAUUAGAUUAAGACCUGAGUCUGCUCUGGCACAAGCUCAGAAAUGCUUUGCAUUGUAUCGCCAAGCGUACACAGGAAAUAAUGCAUCACAAAUCCAAGCAGCUAUGAAAGGAUUUGAAGAAGUCAUAAAGAAAUUCCCAAGGUGUGCCGAAGGCUAUGCACUAUAUGCCCAGGCGUUAACAGAUCAACAACAGUUUGGUAAAGCUGAUGAAAUGUAUGAUAAGUGUAUUGACCUGGAACCAGACAAUGCCACAACAUACGUUCAUAAAGGUUUACUUCAACUUCAGUGGAAGCAGGAUCUGGAUAAAGGCUUGGAGCUUAUCAGCAAGUCUAUUGAAAUUGACAACAAAUGUGAUUUUGCCUAUGAGACCAUGGGAACUAUCGAAGUACAAAGAGGAAACAUGGAGAAAGCCAUCGACAUGUUCAACAAAGCUAUCAACCUGGCCAAGUCGGAAAUGGAGAUGGCUCAUUUAUAUUCACUUUGUGAUGCUGCCCAUGCUCAGACGGAAGUUGCAAAGAAAUACGGAUUAAAGCCGCCAACGUUAUAAAACUGGGGAGGGGGGAAAGUGGCCCUCUUUUAAUUUACCCUCCCUCCUCAAUUGAACCCUGCAGACACUGUCAUGAACUCUGUUGAAUGGUGGAACUUAGUGACUCCGCUUGUGUUGUCAUUUGUCACAUCCGUUUCGUUAGGUGUUGUGGGAGUGGCUGUUGAAGGGAGCGUGUGCUGCCGCGAUUAUUCCCUGUGCAACAAAAACUUCAAGCCCGCCACAGGGCGUUUUGGUCAAGUUGCAAAGAGUGUAAAUGAAAACGGGCCAUGCAAACAAAAACUUGGAUUUGCUGAUUUGGGGGUGGGUUAUAAUCUUGAUCAUUUUUGUCUGCUUACACCGGUAUAUAUGAUAAGUGACUAUUUUAACAGUAUCUUGGUUUUUAAAUGAAUAUAAAUGAUCCCUGUCAGCGGGUUUUGCUUUCUCAAGGAAACUAAAGUUUAAAUGGGGAUUUGUUUCUAAGAUGGCAGAAUUGAGAGCCCCUUUCAAACAUUGUCAGCAUGCACACUUUGGACUCUCCAGAACUUUUAAGUCAGUGACCGCUAUUAGUCCUUUGAUCCCUCUCACCUCUAAUGGGUAGUGUGCAUUGUUCUUGCACUCCGCCAUCGCCGGUUUCUGUGUGGUACACUAUGCAGAAGCAAAGUGCUCUGACGACAAUGCUGGAACGCUGAGUUGGGAAGAGUGGACCACGCAAGAGGUUUAAGAGUAAACAGAGGCAUGUUUAUGCUUGUCUUGCUAUUUCUGUACUGAGUACUGGAUUUAAUAAUAGUAUACUUUUUAAAGAAACUGCCGGUUGGUUGUGUACAUAACCUAAAUAAAGAUAUAUGUGUGACAGAGGUAUUUAAUUAGCUUAAAAUUUCUUAUGAAGAUAAUGUGGUCGAAGAUUCAUCCAAAAAGGACCUGAGACCUCGAGCCAGAAGCACAGUGUUUUCUGAACUAGUACUAUGCUGUGCUCCGGCCGGGGUUGCGUUUGUGUAAGUGGUCUGGAAGCCAGGGCUCUGAGCGAUGCUGAGGGCGAGCAGUGCUUUUUCACUGUGAGGUGACCGUGGGGCUUAUUUUUGAGGGCUUUUGUUUGACAUUGUUUUCACUUUGACCUUUCCCCUACCUCCUUAGAAAUAGCUGUUUGCCAACUGCUGCUUUUAUAGACGCCCUUUUGCUUCUAUGCUGGAUUGAUUUUGGAUAUUCCAGGUGGGGGUGGGGUUAUCUAAUUUCAUAUAACAGAGCAAACCUUCACUUUCACUUUCCUAUGUUACAGUGUUAGGGUAAAGGUGUAUUUUCUGUCUUUAAAAGGGUGCUUUGAAACCAAAAGGAUUUUGUCUGCAAAUGGUAUCAUUUAAGAAACUUAGAAAUUACCUCUUUACAAAGUCAUUUUUUGGAAAGGGACCCCUGUAACUGGAUGGGAGAGAAGUCAAGGUAAUUCAAAAUGGUUUAGGUAAUGGAACGUUGGCGAACCCCACAAUGUUCCUAAAUUAUGUAUCUACUCUGGUAACCCCUGAACACAGAAACGUUCCACAUAUGUAAAUGACCUUUAAUGUUCUUUUUUUGUUUGCAUGGCUGUAUUACUCUUACCCUGGUAUUUUCUACUCCUCUGCUCUCCUGCACUUGGAGUUGGGUAGGAACCACAUACACACGCAAAGGAGACGGAAGCAUGUGCCAUCCAGUACUACCAUUCCACACCCUCGUGAGUUCUAUUGCCUGCACUGAAAAUUUUUGAAAUUGAAGGCUGCAUCUGUCUGUAUCUUUUCUUUUGUAAAUGACCUCACAUGUAAAUUCACCAAAUAAAUAUGCCAUUCAA